CAAGAGCUUGCUGCUCGAGCUGGCAUUUGGGUCCUGCUGCGCCCGUGACGCCCCCCAGCCGCUCUCCGGGCUUGUGCCCCCCCCGGGCGGCGUGCGAUGCUCUCCGCACCCGCUGGCGCCGGCGCGCGCUCGGUGCCGCCGCCGCUCACGCCCUCCGCCCUGCUGGGACCGUCGGCGUGGGCCGCCCCAGGCUGCCGCGCGGGGCUGCCGGGCGGGCGCUUCCGCCCCGCCGGCGCCACUGCCAGCGGCAGCCCCCUGGCCUGCGGGCCCUCGGCCGUCGGCGCCGCGCGCGCCUCGAGCGCCGCCGCGCCGGCCGCGCCGCGCGGCGCCGCGCGGGCCUCCAGCGCCGCCGCGCCCGCCGCGCCGCCUCGCGCGAGGCCGCUCCAGGGCGUGGUAGUGGCCGCCCGGAGCCCCGCGCGGCUGGCCUCCGCGUCGCCCGCGCGCGGUGCGCCGCCAGCUGUGGGGCUGCCAGGCGCCGCGCCGCGGGCGCGGAGCCCGCCGCCGCCGAGCGCACCUGCGGCGUGCGCCGGCGGCCUGGCGUCCUCGAGGGCGAGCAGCCGGAGGCCGUCCGCGUCGUCGGUGUCGGGCUCGCUGGGCUCCCUGGGCAGCAGCGGCUCCGUCCACAGCUGGGCCUCGACCAGCCUGGAUGAGGACGCGGGCGUCUGCGCGCUGAGGAGCAUCUGCAGGCGCAUCGACGCGGACGCCAGCGGCUCGAUAUCCAAGCUGGAGUUCAUCGCCGCCAUCAACCAGGACCCCGAGGUGGCCGCCCUCGUCCUCCCGGGCGUGGACACCAGCUCGCUGCUGAGCUGCGAGCGGAGCUUCGACGCCGCGGACGCGGCCUUCGACGCCAUCUCGGGCGGCAAGCCACGGGUCCGCUACGCGGAGUUCGUCGACCACUUUCGCCGGGCGGCGCCGCCCAAGGGCGCGGCGGGCGACGCCAAGCUCCGCGGGUUCUACGACCUCAUCGACGCCGACAGGAGCGGCGAGCUCAGCAAGCUGGAGCUCGUCGCCGCGGUGCAGCAGAACGCCCGCGUGGCCUCCCUGCUGCUGCCCGGCGCGGACAGCCAGAGCGUCAUGGACGACGAGGACGUCUUCGACCAGGUCGGCCAGGUCUUCCACGAGAUGGCCAGGGGAAAGAGGCGUGUGGACUUCGAAGACUUCGUGUCGUACCUCAGCCAGGCACCCAGAGGAACGCCGCAGGCCCGCCCCCACAGCAGCCCGGCGCGCGCCUCGGUCCGCGUGCUCAUCGUCGGCCCCGGCUUCGGGCAGCAGCUGAACCCCAGGCAGGGGGACAUGGUGCGCCGCGCCGGCUACCAGGUUCUGUGGGUCCACAACCUCCCCAACCCGGAGCAGCCCGGCUUCCGGGCCGCGGACUACGUGGGCCAGCUCGCCGACGAGAUCGACCGCUUCCGCCCGGACGUUGUCGCGGCCGCUUCCAAGGGCGGCGCCUACGUGGUGGCGCUGUGGCGGGCGCAGGAGUGGUCGGGCCCGACGGUGCUGAUCAACGCCCACCCGAGCCUCGCGUCCCUGCCGCCGGCCGCGCCCGUCGUCCUCGCCCACGGGUCCAAGGACGAGACCUACCCCCGGAGCCGGGAGGAGCUCGAGCACCUGGUGUCGACGGGCGGCGAGAACCGGUGCCUGCUGUUCUACACCGCGAACAGCGGCCCGCUGCCCGACGGCAGCUUCACGCGCGUCGGCGACGGGCACAACAUGGAGACGCUGCUGCAGUACGACUGCCUCCCCCGCCUCAUCGACGCCAGCCUGUGCCCGGAGGGCCCGGAGACGCACCUGCAGCGGACGUGGCGGGAGCGCCUGGGGCCCGAGCGCAUCGGGGCGGAGGCGUGGCUCGGCCACACCCACUCGCAGCUGCGCAGGCUCUGGACCUCGUCCGGCCGGGCCGGCCUGGACGACCGGAAGCUCUUCGACGUGCCGCGCGGCGGCGAGGAGUUCGCGCAGGUCGCUGCCGUCUUCCGGGGCGCGACCGCGGAGGAGCCGACCUACAGGCUCGCUUCCCAAGCGGCGUGGGAGAGGGUGCGCAUCCUCGGCGUGCAGCGCGUCGAGAACGGCCCGCAGGAGGAGGGCGCUUCCCGGCCGUACUGCGAGUCCCUGCGCAGGUCCCUGACCGAACAGGGCAUCGAGUUCGAGCCCGGCACGCACACCUGCUGGGCCUUCCACGGCGCCGCACCGAGCGCCAUCGAGUCCAUCUGCGACCCAGUGGCCGGAUUCCAGCCCCUCUGCGCGGGCACGCGCAACUCGACGCUGUGGGGCUCCGGAACCUACUUCGCGCGCGACGCGAAGUACGUGGCGGAGGGCAAGUUCUGUGGCGACAAGGCUCGCGACGGCAGCCGGCAGAUGCUCAUGUGCCUUCUCACGAUUGGCGUCCCGUGCUUGGGCGAUCCUCGCUACAAGGGCGUGCUGCCAUUCAGGAAGAGGCCUCACCGCUACACUUGUGCCGUCGGGGUUGACGGCUUCCCUUUCCAGUCCAGAAAUUUUCGUAACGCAGCAUCCUGGUGCAGCCCACCCGGCAUAUUUGAUCACCUUUGCGUGACCGUGUGCGACCAUCAAUUGUGGAAGUCGUGAGGAUCCAUCGCGCCCGUUUCUUCGUCCUCCUCGAUGUGUACAUCUCGAGGCACAUGCGAUAUAGGUCUGUGUGAGCCCCAGACAACGCUUGAGGCUCAGGCAGGCGAAGCGGCUGCAUGAAUCAAUCCUUAUUCACCGAGCGUUCGGCGGAGUGAAUCAAGUCAGAGCUAAUUUAUAGAUGCGCACGGGCUGCAUGCCCUGUGUCUUUCUCGGCACAAGAUGCCGUCUGGCCAGCGUCCUGCGCAUACGACCGCGACGCAGAUACACCAACACAAGUGUGGCGUUCCAGGAGGAAGACGAGUCAUUUGUGACGCGAAGCGCGUCAUUUUUUUUGGAACUGGCCUCAGAGCCAGUCUCGUGGGGACCAUCAAAUAUACACGUGUGCGGGCGGGAGAGGGAAGA